AUGAGAAGAGCCUGCUGCAUUAGGCCAGGUGGAUUCCCCUUCAGCACUCGAGAGAAUGACUGGAUAGUCAGUGACUGCACUGCUGAGGCCAUGAGGGCACUGAUGCUGCUGGAGGAAAAAUGCCCCUUCAUAGAAGAUCAUGUGGCACCUCAGCGCCUCUUUGAUGCUGUCAACGUGAUUCUGAGCAUGAGAAAUUCUGAUGGCGGUUUUGCUUCUUAUGAAACCAGACGAGGGAGUAGGCUACUGGAGAUAAUGAACUGCACAGAGUUAUAUGCUGACUGUAUGAUAGACCACACCUAUACAGAAUGCACUUCAUCCAUAAUGCAGGGAUUGAAACAUUUUGGGGAAAGAUUCCCAAAUCACCGGGAAGAUGAAAUCAGUGAUACUCUAAGUAAGGCUUUGCAGUUUUGUCGUAAAAUGCAGAAAGCUGAUGGCUCCUGGUUAGGGCGAUGGGGCGUAUGCUUCACAUAUGGCACCUGGUUUGGACUCGAGGCAUUUGCAUGUAUGGGAUUCAUCUACCGUGGUGGGGAGGCAUGCAAGGAAGUGACCAAAGCCUGUGAAUUCUUAGUCUCCAAGCAAAUGGAAGACGGUGGCUGGGGAGAGGAAUUUGAAUCCUACAGGUUUCGCAAAUAUAUUCAGCACACCGUAUCCCAGAUCCACCAAACCUCUUGGGCUCUGUUGGGGCUAAUGGCUGUUAGAUAUCCUGAUGUUCGGGUUCUGGAAAGAGGAAUACAAGUUUUGAUUGACAGACAGACAUCGAUUGGGGAGUGGCCUCAGGGUGACAUCGCUACAGCAUUCUACAAAUCUGGUACUCUGCAUUACAAUGCCUACCGAAUCAUCUUCCCUAUCUUUGCACUUGCCCGCUUUACCCGGCUAUAUCCCAGCAGCCCUGUCGCUAAAGAACUCCUGAAGAAUGGAUCUGUGCAUUCAGAGCAGCGUCAGAAUGGAGGGUGCUGAGCACAGGUGCACUGUCAUCCCUGAGGGUUUCCUCCUUCUCAACGUCACCCAGUUCUCUCUUGGUUGAUAUUUGCUGUGUAGCAUGUGCUGUUUUUCUUUUAUUAUAAUGCCACAUUAGAUCACUUGAAACAUCCCUAUAAGAUCAGAAUGAAGGGCGUAUUGACAAUUGAGAUACUAUCUUUUCCUUGCCAGGCUAACUGAUUUCAACAACAUGUCUUGUUGGCCAGGAAUAGCUUAAACUAUCACAUGACCUAAUGUCCAAGCAUGAAUCAACAGGUGUUGGCUAUUCGGAGAGUCCCGCAAGAAAUUCAUUAUUUAAAUGCAGUGAGUACAUCUCAGAAUAGCAGCACUAUGGCCUGGGCACUGAAAUGUUUGGGUGCCCGUCCUCUUCAUGGGGUAUUUUGUAGGUGCUCAGCCACGCGGGGCCUCAGGGAGUUGGUACCCACGGGUUGCAUACUUGAUAAGAUCAGUAAAUAAGUUACUGAAUAUGUCAUUCUGAAUAUGACUGUACUGUAAACUUAUCUGGUGAUUUUAAUGAUUUGCUCUGGAAAUGUGACCCCCACAAUCCAUUCAGAAUUAAUCCAUUCUAUGAGUUCAAUAUGUGGCCUAGCAAGAAGCCCACAUGAUAAGUGAAGAUAACCAUUGAUUCAAAGGAAGGUGCAGAAAAUGUAAAACAUACCUAACCACAAAAAAAUUGUGAAUUUGGAGGUUUUCAUUCUAUAUUUUCAACAGACAAAACCAAACAGGUACAUACAUAUUCUUAACUUGUUUUUUUUAAAAAAAAAUUCUAAAUAAACUUCUGCUAUUAUAUCUCUUUUUCAUUAAGUGAAACAUACGGGGUGAUGGUGGUGGUUUUCUUCCAAAGGGAAGAGCACAUCCCUAGGUUGCUACAAUUAAGUUAAAUGAAUGUCUAUAUCCAAAGCAAGGACAAAAGUAUCAAUAUCUGCUCACAUUAAGUUUUGAGGGUUGAGAAAUGAUACAUGUAAAAUGUUAUCAGAGUUUUAGCCUUCAUUUAUUACUGAGAAGCAGGUAAGGUGUAUUUUAUCUCCUGUUGACCUGCUUCUGUGUGCUAUGCAUAGUGUAAACGUUUUGUGCUUGUUUAAUGUUUUGCUUUGGAAAAAAGUAAGCACACUCAUUUUUUAAUAUGAGCACACAUACCUCGACUCCUCCAUGUAUAUGGAGACUAAUACUUGGUGGGUGCUCUAGAAAGCAUCACAUUUU